AUGGAAAAGGCGAUGACAACCUCCAAGCCCCACCCGCACGACACCCACCACCCACGCGCAGGCGCCGCUGCAGCUCUCGCCUUCCCCGAAGUGGACGCGGCCCUCAGACUCUACGGGUGGGACGAGCGGGAGGCGGCCACCAUCGAGUAUCUGUUCACGGGCAAGCUCACGCUGUUCCCGCUGGCCAUCUUGUUCCUGGGCAUCGGGGCCGGGUCUGGAAUCUCCUCGCCCUUUCCUCGCCGUGUGCGCGGGUGCUCGCCUCGUGACGCUGACCGAGGAGGCGGGCUGACGCUGGCGAUCCUGGCGCUGGGGUUCUUCUUUGCGUUGAUGCUGUGCAUCGUGCUCAAGAUCUCCUUCACCUUCAGCCCGGAGACCCUGCUCAUCAAGAAGCACGGCGUGUUCCGCUCGGCGAAGCUGGAGUUUGUCAUCGAGCGCACGUCCCUCCACUACUUCCGCACGCACUUCUCGGAGGAGGAGGCCUGGCUGCAGCUCGUCGUCAAGGAGGGCAACCAGUUCUACCAGAUCUUCAGCUGGAAGGGCAAGGGAAGCCAGAAGGACCGGUUCCUGAAGCUGUUCAUCUCGUUGCAGCGCGAGCUGAUCAAGUGGCAGCAGCGGUCGGCGCGGUACCGGGUGCUGGGGCGGCCACGGGAGGUGGCGAGCACGGAGAUUGUGUCCAAGAAGGAGGUCAACGUCAUCAGCCCCUUCACGCACCGCCUCUCGCUCCUCUUCGCCGGCGUGGGCGACUCGACCCGCCCGGGAGCUCCGCUCUGCAUUGAAGAUAUCGCGCCCAUCUCCUACGACCGCUUCUUCCGCCACUUCUCGCAUACCAAGGCCGUCCACCGCUCCGCCGCUGGCGUUGCAUCGCCACGCCUCUGA